CGUGCUUUGGUCCUUUAUAAAUUAUGGAAGUGGAACAAGAAAAGAUGAACCUGAGUAAGGAAUUGAGUCCAGACUCAGCUUCGUAUCGCUGCUCAGCAUGUCAUGGGGAUGAGACCUGGAGCUACCAUCACCCUAUCUGGGGCCGAGCCAAGUCUCAGAGCCUAUCAGCCUCACCCGCCCUGGGCAGCACCAAGGAGUUCAGGAGGACACGCUCUCUCCAUGGACCGUGCCCAGUGACCACAUUUGGACCAAAGGCCUGUGUGCUGCAGAAUCCCCAAACCAUCAUGCACAUCCAGGACCCUGCAAGCCAGCGGUUGACGUGGAACAAGUCUCCCAAGAGUGUGCUUGUCAUUAAAAAGAUCCGCGAUGUCAGCCUGUUGCAGCCCUUCAAAGAGCUCUGCAUGUACCUCAUGGAGGAGAACAACAUGAUUGUAUAUGUGGAAAAGAAAGUGCUGGAAGACCCUGCCAUAGUGAGCGAUGAAAACUUUGGACCAGUGAAGAAGAAGUUCUGCACUUUCCGUGAAGAUUAUGACGACAUUUCCAACCAAAUAGACUUCAUUAUAUGCCUGGGAGGAGAUGGCACCCUCCUUUAUGCCUCCUCACUUUUCCAGGGCAGUGUGCCUCCAGUAAUGGCCUUCCACCUGGGCUCUCUGGGCUUCCUGACUCCAUUCAACUUUGAGAACUUCCAGACCCAAGUAAAACAGGUUAUAGAGGGGAAUGUAGCUGUUAUCUUACGGAGCCGGCUGAAGGUCAGGGUGGUGAAGGAACUCAGAGACAAGAAGACAGAUGUCCACAAUGGCCUCGGCGAGAAUGGCCUGGACACUGAGGGAGGGAAGCAGGCCAUGCAGUAUCAGGUCUUGAAUGAGGUAGUGAUUGAUAGAGGCCCCUCCUCCUACCUGUCCAACAUGGAUGUCUACCUGGAUGGACACCUCAUCACCACUGUACAGGGCGAUGGAGUGAUUGUGUCCACCCCAACGGGCAGUACAGCAUAUGCGGGCACAGCCGGGGCCUCCAUGGUCCACCCCAACGUGCCAGCCAUCAUGGUUACACCCAUCUGCCCCCACUCGCUGUCAUUCCGGCCUAUCGUGGUCCCUGCAGGGGUCGAGCUGAAGGUUAUGCUGUCUCCAGAAGCCAGGAAUACCGCAUGGGUGUCUUUUGACAGAAGGAAGAGGCAGGAAAUACGCCUUGGAGACAGCAUCAGCAUCACCACCUCCUGCUACCCGCUCCCCUCCCUCUGUGUCCAAGACCCCAAGAGAGACUGGUUCAAGAGCCUCGCCCAGUGUCUGCAUUGGAAUGUUCGAAAGAAGCAAGCUCACUUCCCAGAGGAUGAGGAUGAAGAUGAGGAUGAAGAGGACAGCUAGGCUGUUCUUCCUGGGCCUAGCCUUGAGCCCUUGGGCCUUAACCCUUCCUAGGCUGACCUGGCUGUACCUCAUGGGGCUGUCCACAUUCUGCCUGCCUAGUGGGAGAGCCUGGGUCUGCCUUCUGCAGAACAGAUCAGCUUUUUAAUGUUUUUACAUCUGACUUUUUUCAUUUCUAAAGAAGCAACAUGAGAACUGAGCUGGGCAUCCUGCACCUCCCCUAGCAGGUCCCUCAGGAUCCAGGGUAGGAGCCCCCCAUAAAUCAGUCUGUUGAAAUUUUGAGGGGGUCAGAAUGAAUUUCCCUUUGAUAUUGAAAUAAAUGUCUCAGCCAAAAAUAUUCCUUUAGCAGCACUGCUUAGUCCUGGGGCCUGUACUUUCUCCCCUGCAGCUUUGCUGUGGGUUGCUUUGCUCUGGAUUCUAGAGACAGCCAGGCACCCCAAUCUGCCCAAAGCCUCUGGCUACUCUUCCAUAGCAGGCAGAGGUAAUACCUGGCACAGCCACAGGGCAACCUCCACAUUCCUCACACAGCAGGGCAGUAGCUCCCAGGACAUUUUAAAGUCUGUGUGUACUUUUUAGAGAUUAUUUUAAACUUUCUGAAGUGCUUAUGUACAUAUUUUCUUGUAUGCACUUUGUGAAGAUGUAGAGGGGGAAUGCCUGUUGUCCAGUGUUUACAUUGUAUCCAGCCCAGUGCAGAGGGUCCAGGCCAGGGCUCCAUGCUUCCGCCUUCUCAAUUUGCAGUGGCCAACGGGAUUUUGAGAUAAACUCAGUUUUGAGGACACCCAGUCCACAGGCCUGUCCUCCUUCUCCAAGAGUCUUGGUUUGUGGUUAAACAGCAGCCAUGUGGAGGUCUCUGUGAGAGGGUACCUGGGUGGCACACAGGCCCUGAGCCUAUGUAGUCUGUGGUCAGCCGGAGCUCAGCGGGGUCCUCUAUCAGUUGUCUCAAAGUCAGGCACCUGCCUUGCGUUUUGUCCUCACCUAUUAGAGUAGUAGCAGCAGCAGGAAGGGAGAGGCUGCCCAUUCUUGUACUGGCUUCCAGAAGGAGCUGGGGUUCUUGUUUCAUGCCGCCUGGAAGCUGCAGAGCUGUCUGUCCUGAGCUUGCUUCUGCCUGUUAAUGGUAGGGCCCACCAUCUCCUCUGGCCCUUGCUGACUCCUCAGCAUCUGUACAGCUCUUGAGUGUGGUCUGGCUCCAGAGCUGUCAAGCUGAGGCGACCUGUCCCCAGGUGUCUGUGCAGGUAACUGAAUACAGCAGGGAUCUGCCUGAGGUGCAGAGAAAAGUGGUGUCUGGGAUGUGGGUUAUACAUCUAAACAAAUGCAAAUGUUGACAGGUCCUACAGCAGCUGCUACCAGACUGAUGUAGAACACAUGGAGUUUUGAUGUACAUUCUUAAUGUUUCAUACUGUUACUAUCUUGAAAAUUUGUUAAUUGUUGAUGAAGGCCUUAUUACUAUUUUCAGAUCCUUUCAAUAAAUAGACUUAUAAAAAACUAAAA